CGUCGAGCGAGAUGCCUGUACCUCGGCGACAGAGAUCUCAGGGUAUUUAUAACGACAAUAGCUACGAAGCAUGAAGCUCUCGCAUUUAUGCCCUGUCUUAAGGACCUUUACACAUCACCGCACGUUUCGGAUCGAUGCAGUUCAAAUUUCCCGCUCACGCGUCGCGCAACGCUACCAGCACACAGCGUCGCAGGGGAGUCACCUUCCUCGUCUCGCUCAGCCUUCGAUCUGGCAUUCAAUCAUUCCGAAGAGCCUCCGUAGUAAAUACGCACCUUCAGAAACGAGGAAAAAGCCAACAAAUCCUGCAAGCUACUUCAUCUGGAUCUAUCUCUUGAUCGGUUCCCAGGCUAUUCGAAUCAUGGGACUCAAGACUGAUUUUACGACGUUUGUGCGGCAAGCGGACCUCAAGAUCGCGCAGUUGAGAGAAGUCGUGGAGAAAAUCCAGAGGGGGGAGGACGUCGAUGUUGAAAAGGUUCUUGGAACUGGCGACGAGGCACAAGAGCGGGAAUGGGAAGAAGCGCUACGAGAAUUGCAAGAACAGGAUCGGAUAUGGCAGAACAACGCAAGAAAGAGCCGCGAAGAGAAGGAACGUUUGGCAGCAGAUGAAAGAGAUGCAAAUCCUGUCAGCGGCUCAGUGGAUACCGCACAAGGGACAGAUGCGCCACUUGUAACAACAACACCUGUCCCGCCCUCGCGUCCUGGGUUCUAUUGAAGGACAAGCUCGGCAAGAAAAGGCAUAAUCUGGAGACAUGACUUUGCCUUGGUACCACCGGGAUUUCAGCAAUUGAAAGGCGCCAUCCCUCAAAUCCUCAAGUUUUGAUACCAGAGUCUGCGGCAAAGAAUCAUCUCAGUCUUUCUUCAAGAUAUAUCAAAGUCUCGGAAAAUGCAUUCAGAGGCCAUUUUCCAGCUCGAUUACAAUUCUCGUCACGGGUACCAAUGGCAAUGUUGCCCAGAAUGUUUAUUUGUCCGAAUGCUUCAUAAGCUUGAUCGCCGGGGUUUUAGCAAGGACGGACGCCUUCUCUGGAAAGAUAUUCUACACCGCUUCGAGAAACGCCCGAUUGUCGGCAUAAAUGUCCCUUCCAAUUGCGUUCACUGGGAUGCGCCGAUGCGUGAUCCCUAGAUCUGCAAGUUUCAGGUCGUGGCAUCCUGAACGGCUGUUCACAGGAUUGAUAUGGAAUGUCGCAGGCCCACAGCAAGUUCCGGGCACUUUGAGCAUUCGGCGCGAAUUGGUAAUCGAACAGCACGAUGGGCGACUGUGAUGACCUCCUGAUCAUGAUGCCGGACGAUGAGAUAUGGACGAUCUACGCCUUAUAUGCUCUCGAGGAGGUGUGCACUACCUUUGUGAGAGCAGGACAGACUCGCUCGCCGAAGCUUUUCUUGCUGGUCUGCACUUCCCCAUGUCCGUCCGCCAAAGCCUUUUCGAUGGCAGAUUCUGCGGGGACACACGGACCGUGAGGCGGUACGGCUCCUGGAAAAGAGCGGGGAAAGGGUCUAUCCAGGCCUCUGUCCAAGCAAUAUAGGAGCCAUGUCACGAGCUCUCAAGCUGUAAUGCCAUCAUGGACAUGGCACGCAUGCACAGCUAUCUGGAAUCACGACCAAAAUGAGGUUCACCUAAGCUGUCUACCGGUGCGAAGCUAAGAUGCAGCCCCCUGUCCAAGCUACCUACGUCCACGUGUGACUGCCCAUGUUGUUCAUGCAACACAUAUUUCACAUAUGGGAUGUCCAUUUAAAGCUGCCAGGAGGCCUCCAUUCUACUAUAUGAUGUUCUUCAUCCAAUGUUGAGGUUGAAACAAGACGCCAGCACAGUGCCAGCCUUGCGUCUAUUUGUCAGCGUAUAGACUCUUCCUACAUACCUACCUGGUAGAUGACUUAGCUUUGGUCAACAACCAUCAGCAAAUACUCGUGGGAAACAUAGUCUUUUAGUCUGCGAGUCUGAUGUAUA